UUUUCUGAAGAUGGUGGAUAGACAGUUCUCCCAAAAUGGUGUGAGUAUUUCUGUGAUACCAUCGGCAGUCAAUGAUAAAACGCCAGAGCCUCAAUGGAUAACUCCUGAAAUGGAGGACAAAAAUGAGAAAGAAGAUAAGUUCCAACUGAACGAUCACAUGUCCAACAUGGAAAGGACGGUUCUUUGUCUAGCUGAACUAGGAGGAACUGCCAUUUUGGUCUUCUUGGGAUGCAUGGGUUGCUCUCAAGGAAAGAACCUUCCUCUGGAACAACUCGCUCUUACCUUCGGUUUGGCCAUCAUGAUUGGGGUCCAGGUUUUUGGGCAUAUAUCUGGAGCACAUUUGAAUCCAGCAGUGACUAUUGCUGCCGCAACACUCGGUGACUUUCCUCUGAUAAGGGUUCCAUUGUUUUUCCUCGGACAGUUAGUUGGAUCUCUGGCCGGUUAUGGUUUAGUAAAGGUUUCUACACCGACUAGAUAUGGGAAGUUCCAAAACGAGACUAUCGGCUUAUGUUCUCCAGAUCCCAGUACGGAAAUAUCAACCUUCCAGAUGGCCCUCAUAGAAUUCAUACUAACAUUUAUCCUGAUUUGGGUGUGCUGUGCGAUAUGGGAUGACAGAAAUAAAAAGUUAAUAGAUUCAGUGGCACUCCGAUUGGGAUUUACUGUUGCUGGAUUGGCUCUAGCAGGGGGUCCUUAUACUGGUGCCCAUAUGAAUCCUGCUCGAAGUUUUGGACCUGCGCUCUUAGAUGGUAAAUGGUCUUAUCACUGGGUUUAUUGGAUUGGCCCAAUGUGUGCCGGGGUAGCAGCAGCUCUACUUUACAGGAUUAUCUUUUCCGAACAUCCUACGAUCAAUGUGACAACAUCUGAAGUACCUACUAACAAAACAUAGCUAUUAAAAUAAUAAUUAUACACACACUAAUUAUGUAAAACGCAAAGAAUUGUUGUUUUUCAUUAUGUAAUUUUCAUUCAACUAUAAUAGUAUCCACUAUAACUAUUCCGCAAUAUUAUGUGUUAUCCAUUCAUUCGAAAAUAAAUCUUACGGAAUCCUAA